AUGUCUAGACGGAAUCCACCACCCGGUAGAAAUGGGGGAGGUCCGACUGAUGCCUCUCCAUUCAUUAAAAGAGACAGAAUGAGAAGAAAUUUCUUGAGGAUGAGAAUGGGUCAAAAUGGGAGCAGCUCUAGUUCUCCUGGGCUGCCAAAUGGGAAUGGCAGCAGAGGGUCCCUUGUCAAGAAGGAUGAUCCCGAGUAUGCCGAAGAAAGAGAAAAGAUGCUUUUGCAGAUUGGUGUCGAGGCCGAUACUGGUAGAAGCAAUGUCAAAGUAAAAGACGAGAGUUCAAGCGAAUAUAACGAAUUCCCCUUGAGAGCCAUUCCGAAGGAAGAUUUGGAAAACAUGAGGACACAUCUUUUGAAGUUUCAAAGUAAAAAAAAGAUAAACCCUGUGACAGACUUCCAUUUGCCUGUUAGAUUGCAUAGAAAGGAUACAAGAAACUUACAAUUUCAACUAACAAGAGCAGAAAUUGUUCAAAGACAAAGGGAAAUUUCUGAAUAUAAAAAGAAGGCAGAACAAGAAAGAGGCACCCCUAACUUUGGUAACAACAAUAUGAACAAACCGGCUAUGGGCCCAUUCAAUAAUGCAUCCAAGGAUGGUUCUCAAACGCCUGCUAUUGACUCAGCUACUAAAGACGUGCCAGACGGUAUGAAUUCUUCUACCACUGCUGCUGCCCCUACUACCCCUGCUCUUGCUACCCCUGCUUCCACUAUCGAAAGUAAUGAUGUGUCAAACACACCAAGCACCGCCGUUGGUGGUAUAGACAAUAGUACCGCAGGAGUUAAUCCGGUUGAUGGAAAACUUUUAGUGACAAAACUGGAGGACGCAGGCCCAGCUGACGACCCAACUAAAGUGGGGAUGGUCAAGUAUGACGGGAAAGAAGUGGCUAAUGGACCGGAAUUCGAAGAAGGUACCAUGGAUCCGUUGGCAGAUGUGGCUCCAGACGGGGGUGGUAGAGCCAAAAGAGGUAACUUAAGAAGGAAAACACGUCAAUUGAAAGUUCUCGAUGAGAAUGCCAAGAAACUAAGGUUCGAGGAGUUUUAUCCAUGGGUCAUGGAAGAUUUCGAUGGGUACAAUACAUGGGUAGGUUCUUAUGAAGCUGGUAAUUCAGACUCUUACGUGCUAUUAAGUGUAGAGGAUGAUGGUAGCUUUACUAUGAUCCCUGCAGAUAAGGUGUAUAAGUUUACUGCAAGAAAUAAAUACGCUACCUUGACUAUUGAUGAAGCAGAAAAAAGGAUGGAUAAGAAAAGUGGUGAAGUGCCACGUUGGUUGAUGAAGCAUUUGGAUAAUAUAGGUACAACUACUACAAGAUAUGAUAGAACAAGAAGAAAGCUUAAAGCGGUUGCUGACCAACAAAAUAUGGACGAAGAUGAUCGUGAUGAUAAUUCCGAAGUGGAGUUGGAUUACGAUGAAGAGUUUGCCGAUGAUGAAGAGGCACCAAUUAUAGACGGCAACGAGCAGGAAAACAAGGAAUCAGAACAAAGGAUCAAGAAGGAAAUGUUACAAGCGAACGCAAUGGGUCUUCGUGAUGAAGAAGCCCCAUCGGAUAACGAAGAAGACGAACUGUUCGGGGAAAAGAAAAUUGAUGAAGACGGUGAAAGGACUAAGAAGGCACUACAAAAGACAGAAUUGGCAGCAUUGUAUUCUUCAGACGAGGAUGAGAUUAACCCAUACCUGUCUGAAUCGGAUUUGGAAAAUAAAGAAAAUGAAUCGCCAGUUAAAAAAGAAGAAGAUUCAGAUAGUUUAUCCAAAUCCAAGAAGUCAUCACCUAAGAAACAGCAAAAGAAAGCAACGAACGUGCAUAAAGAUCCUAAUUUAAGAGUAAAGAGUAUUAAAAACUGUGUUAUUAUUUUAAAGGGGGACAAAAAAGUACUGAAAAACUUCCCAGAAGGAGAAUGGAAUCCUCAAGUUGCAAAUGGUACAACUAUCAAUAGUAGCGAGCCAACCAUGGCAUCGUCACCCAUCAAAACAGAGGUUGGAGCGGAAUCUGUAGCAGUAGAAACUCCAGUGCCUCUCAUAACAGAGCAAGAUAUUGUUGACGCUAUUGGUGAUGGAAAGGUAAACGUUAAAGCGUUUGGUAAGUCCAUUAGAAGAAAAUACCCUGGUGCUGAGAACAAGAAGCUAAUGUUUGCCAUAGUCAAAAAAUUAUGUAGAAAAGUGGACAAUGACCGCGAGCAUAUGGAAUUAAAAAAAGAGUAA